UAAAAAUGAUCUAGGUAUGUUGGUGUUUUGGGCCAGUUGUUCAUAUUUUUCGACGGAGAAUAGAACGUACAAAGCUAUCGAGUAAUGGCGCAACCCUCAGUUAUUUAUAAUGAGAAGGAAAGAAUAUGGAGUGGACCGCAACAAAAAUCCCUUUACAAUGACGAUACUUCUGUGGGAGAAGUUGUAUUCGAUAAUAUGAGAAAUUGGCCAAAGAACGUGUGCCAGAUAAAUGACAGCGACGGAGUGACACUGACUUAUGAGAAGGCUCUAAAUUGGGCAAUUCGAAUAGCGCAGUCCUUUAAAAGCCGAGGACUAACCCAUAAGGAUGUUAUUGGUAUUGUGGCCCAAAACUCAACCUACCUAUUUCCUCUCGCGGUGGCGUGUCUGCUAAACGGAACACCCUUUCAUUCUCCUCAUUUAGUUCUGGAUGAAGAUACCACAAGAAAUAUUUUUUCCGUAACCAAGCCGAAGUUGAUUUUCUGCGAUGGAAAAGUUUAUGAGAAGACUCGAGCAGCCACCAUUGAAUGGCAACCUGAGAUAAUAACUAUAACCGAUCACAUGAACGGCGUUCCAAGCAUUGAAAGCCUUUUGGAACCCACCUCAACGGAAAGGUUUUACCAACCAGAAUCCUUAAAGGAAGGCGGCCAACAAACGGCGGUAAUAAUCUGCUCCUCGGGUACAACUGGUCCUCCGAAAUCUGCUUGCAUCUCUAACCAGAGGCUACUGAAGGCUGGCCAAACGAACAGCGAGACUGUACUUUUCAACAUAAGUGCACUCGAUUGGCUAUCCGGAAUACACAUGUUUCUCAGCACUGCUUUGCGAGGCAGCACCCGAAUCAUCAGUAACAGUCCUUUCGAGCCGCAUCAUAUAGCACAUCUCACUGAAAAGUACAGCAUUAACACCUUCUUCCUCCAACAACAACAUUUCUCGAUUCUGACUGCUUGUCCCACGAUUUCCCCGGAUGCAUUUUCAACCGUUCGAAUUUUGAUCUUCGGUGGAGGACGGUUGACCCCAUCCAAAUGGCAACAAGGUCAGGAGCUUUUCAAGAACGCGAUUUUAACGAACGCUUAUGCGCUGACAGAAUCGGGUAAUAUAGCUAGAGCUUUUGGAAUUCAAAGCAGAUUAGCCGCUGGGGAGCCAGUGCCAGGUGUGAAAAUCCGUAUUGUGGAUGAAAACGGGCAAAACUUAGAGCACAACCAAGUUGGAGAAAUAUUUGCACACACGGGUAUGAUUUGGAAAGGAUACUUUGGAAAUCCCGAGGAGACGGCUCGCAUGCAGGACUCCGACGGCUGGUUCCACACUGGAGAUCUGGGCUACUUCGAUGAUCAGAACCUUCUUUAUAUAGUCGAUCGAAGCAAGGAUACUCUCAAGAACCAAGGCAUACAUUACUCGCCCGCUGAGAUCGAAAAUAUAAUAUCAGAGCUUGAAGAUGUGCGUGAAGUAUGUGUUGUCGGAAUUUACGAUGAGCAAUCGGGAUACUUGGCAGGUGCUCUUAUUGUAAAGCGAGAGGGAUCCUCUUUAACUGCCAAGGAUGUUAUUGAUCAUGUGGCCAAGCGAAUUCCAUCAGACUACAAACACCUUCAUGCUGGAGUUCGGUUCACAGAUGAAAUCCCAGCCAAUCAUAAUGGGAAAACCCUACGCAAGGCGGCGCUAGAAAAAUUUAAAUCUAUAAAAUAGAUUUAAAUAUACAUAUAACAUAAAGAAUGGUAUCCAAUGAUUACUAAAUAAAAUGAAAUGAAAAGCAAUUUAAGCUUUUUAUGAACAGCCUAAAA